AUGGCAAGAGAUGGAUUUAUACAACGAGCCAAGAUCAUUGUGGCUUUCCCCAAUGUUGGAGUGGGCGCCCUCGGCGAAAUUAAAGAUCAAAUACUUCCCGACACCAAUGUCACUUUCUUUCGAUCCAGCUUUUAUUUCAAUGAUCCCCCAUCAGCUGAUGGAAUAGCGGAAAGAGAUUUGAUAGCUGCUCCUGCUCCUCCGCCCAUGCCAUGGGAAAAGUUAAGAGAAAUUCGGGAACGAGUGCUGAAAGAUAUGAAACAGACUAUGGUGGAACCAGGAACCAUCAUUCUAGAUGAUAAUUGUAAGCCUAGACUCAACCUUAUCGAGGCUAUGGAGAUUGAAGACUGGGAUUAUAAGCUCGUUUCCCCUGCACGUAGUCAAAUCACUCGGGAUCUCAUGCCGACGCACUAUGGAAAUCAAAUGAGGGAGCAGUGGCUGGGUGCACUGGAGCGUCUGAAAGACGAUUGGGAUGAAUACGUCAUUCCCGUCAGGAAGAAAUUCGAACUUCCCCCGGGCCAAUCGCUAUCGGAUGUCGUUGUGCAGAUUAUGCAAGAACCGAUUCCGAUACCAAGACCUGCCGAUGACCCUAGAGAGUAUUCAGAGGAGGAGGAUGAUGGAGAGGUAAUCGACAAUGAGCUUCUCCGAACAGCUCACAAUACGGAUAAUAGGCUUGGAUCCAAUGCUCAGAUUCGAGCUAUGCCACUAUCAUUUUCCAACGUCAUUGUUAAUUCACCCUACAGUCAAAACAAAAAUACAAACAACGCCAAAACAAAAACCUUCUUCACAUGGUUCUUCUUCCUCGCUAAUGUCUUACUUACGGUUGGCCUUGCGUACAUACUUUACAACAUGGUAUUGGACUACGAAGAAUUCAUUCAAAGCGAUAAACCACAAAAGCGAGAAAUUCUGAAAGAGCCAUCCGAGUGGGUGGAAGAAAGUCCAUUUUUCAUUUGGACGACAUGGCCAAAGAAACUAGUGAGAAUGGCACUGCCUUACGCUGCAAAGAGAAGACAAGUAAGCGAGGAACUAUUAGAGACGGUUGAGAAAUGGAUACAAACGGAAAGAUUUCUGAGAGGAAGCGAUCCGGGAUGGCAGUUUUCGGAUGUGCUUGAAAAACUGAGACAUGUGGGGUUUAUCACUUCUGAUACUAUAAAGAAAGAAGCAUCUGGGGUAGUAUCUAAAAUGGCUUCUACAGUAGCUUCUACGCUUUCCACACCAACGCCUAUAUCGACAAUUGAUUUGACAGGAGAUAAGUAUGAUUAG